ACUUGUUUCUUAACCUCCACCUCAUCUUCAAAAAAGGGUAAGACGCACGCUCUGCUGAAGCCAAAUCCCACCAACUAAAAUCAGGCAUCUAAUAUAACGCCCGCCAAAAUGCCAUCCCAAGAAACAACCGCCGAAUCCCACUCCAAGAUCCACCGCCUUCGGUCACUCAUCCUCCUUUCGCUCUUUGAGGAUGUAAAUCGAACGGUUGAUGGGCGUCGCCAAACCCAGCAGCAGUACAACGCUGGCCCCUUUCUGUUCCGUCAUCCAAUAACAACGCUAGUUUGCUUUUGGCAGAAAGAUGGCUGCAUAUCCACGCCAGCUAGAUCAGAAACAUGAUGUACAACAUUAUCAGACACUAUGUGAACACAAGGGAUGUUGUAUUACUGAGCUUGCCUAUCCAUUGUGAAGAGCAUACUACGUUACAAGCGAGGGACUUUUUGGCCGAUGUGAGGCCUUUUCUCGAUGUUUGAGCAAAUUUGUCAGGUACUGCUAUUAAUAUGUGGGCUCAGUGGAGGAAUCUUUCAUUAAUUCUAACAACUGGCUUCAUAAAAAAGCCAUCCAUCAUUAGCUACCGCGAUACCUCAUUUUGAGAAAAAUGGCAAUAGAGGUGCAAGGCAAUGGAAACUUGAGAGAAGUAUCCUUUGAGAUGGCAGGGCAACAAGGCCUAGCUAAUGGAGACUUGGAUGAUGAUGGCCAUGCUAAAAGAACAGGAACCUUGGUGACUGCAAGUGCAUACAUCAUUACUGCAGUUAUCGGGUCUGGUGUGCUCUCUCUGGCUUGGGCAAUGGCACAGUUAGGCUGGGUAAUUGGGCUACUUGUUCUUGUGUCUUUCUCUUUCAUCACUUGGCAUUGUUCUACUCUUCAAGCUGAUUGUUAUAGAUCACCUGACCCUAUCCAUGGAAGGAGGAACUACACUUACAUGGAAGCUGUGAAAACCAAUCUAGGGGGAGUGCAAGUUCAAUUGUGUGGAUUGGUCCAGUAUGCAAAUCUUGUUGGUGUGACAAUUAGUUAUGCGAUUACAACAGCGAUUAGCAUGGCGGCUGUUAAACGAUCCUAUUGUUUCCACAAGAACGGCCACAAUGUUCCUUGUGAUGAACCCCUCAAUGUGUAUGUGAUAAUCUUUGCCAGUACUGAGAUAGUCUUAUCUCAAAUCCCUAAUUUCCACAAGAUUUGGUGGCUCUCCAUCAUGGCUGCAGUUAUGUCUUUUUCUUACUCUUUAAUAGGCCUUGGGCUUUCGAUUGCGAAGAUUGCAGAAGGUAAUAGCAAUGUGAGUACGAGUCUAACAGGAUUACCAGUUGGAAUGGACCUGUCUAGCAGGGAGAAGGUGUGGAAGAUGUUGCAAGCUCUAGGAAAUGUUGCCUCUGCUUUCUCUUUUGCUUUAGUUCUCAUAGAAAUUCAGGACACCCUAAAAUCAAGUCCACCAGAGAACAAAACGAUGAAGAAAUCUGCCCUGAUAGGAGUAAGCACCACGACUGUCUUUUACAUGUUGUGUGGUGUCACUGGAUAUCUUGCCUUUGGAAAUGCAGCUCCUGGCAACUUCCUUACAGGUUUUGGUUUCUACGAACCCUUUUGGCUUAUUGACAUCGGCAAUAUUUGCAUAGUCAUUCAUCUGCUUGGUGGAUAUCAGGUUUUCUGCCAACCAGUGUUUCAGUUCGUUGAAAAUUGGAGUGGCACACGAUGGCAUAGUCGAGGCUUUUUCACAUCUGAUCACAUUAUCUCAGUUCCCUUGCUCGGCAGUCUCUCAUUCAAUAUAACUAGAGUGAUUUGGAGAACAGUGUAUGUCAUUAUAACUGCAGUCGUUGCCAUGACCUUCCCUUUCUUCAACAGCUUCGUAGGGUUUGUGGGUGGCGUAGCAUUCUGGCCCCUGACGGUUUAUUUUCCAGUUGAGAUGUACAUAUCACAGGCUAAGGUUCAGAGGUUUUCUGGCAUGUGGAUUUGGUUGAAAAUUAUGAGUUUGGUUUGCUUAGUAGUGUCUCUGGCUGCAGCUUGUGGAUCUCUGCAAGGUCUAAUUCAUGAUCUCAGAGAAUAUAAGCCUUUCAGAAACUUCUAGAUGGAUUAAUUUGCAAUAUGUAGAAUAAAAUGACGAGUGACAAUAGAAUGUUCUGGGACUUUUGUAUCUGUCUUGAUCAAUAAGAUGUCUGAAUGAAUGGAAUGCUUCAGUUAAUAACAUGAUAGUUCAGGAAUCCAA